GGGCGUGAGGCGGGGGCUGCCCCGCGAGGGAAAGGUGUGGUGCCGGUGGGAGCUGGGGAAAUGCCCAAGCUCUGAUAAAGCUAGAGCAAGGAGAACUGCAAAGGGCCUGGCUACCUUUGGGAAAACUAUAGAACAAAAAUAUUUCAGACAUCAAGAUGGCAACAUACACACGUGGUCAGCUCAGCCCCUCUCUAGGAGAUAAAGAACUCGGACCGAUGGUCAUUGAAAUCAUAGAAAAAAAAAUUGAGUAUCUUAGAAAAGAAAAUACUUUAAAUCUACGUGGGACACUGCUCGUUGGAACAGCAGCUGGUUUCUCUGGAAUAUUGGCAAACUUCCUUUUCAGACACUGCUUCAAGGUUAAACAUGAUGCUUUGAAGACAUAUGCCUCAUUGACUACACUUCCAUUUUUGUCUACCUUAGUUACGUAUAAGCUCCUUGUUACAGAUGCUUUGUAUUCAGGUAAUAUAAGCGUGGAAGAAUGUGCUCUGAGAAGUUCACUGGUUGGCAUAGUAUGCGGUGUUUUAUAUCCAACUGGUUUGGCUUUUUCUAAAAAUGGACGUCUGGCAGUAAAGUACCAUACUGUUCCACUGCCACCAAAAGGAAGGGUUUUACAUCACUGGCUGAUGCUUUGUCAAACAGAUAUAAAAGGAAUGCUGAUUCCUCUAGCCUUUCAGAUAGUCUUUGGAAUGUAUCAGGGUAUACAACAUUAUGCAAUAUUUGAGAGUACGUUAGAGAAAACUGUACAUGAAGAUUAACCAGGUCGUGAAUGGAUUUUUUUAUGGUGAGGACUCAGGUAUUGCUGAAGGAGUUCAAAGUAACUCUGGACAAUUUGUUUCUGUUCUUCUGCCUAGUGUAUAGCAGGUUCUCAAUAAAUAUUCAGAAACUCAAUAAA